AUGCAUCACAAAGAACGGCGCGGCAAAAUUAAGCAAUAUAUACCCAGAUCAUUGAAGUAUGAAGACUCCAAACAAGUGCAACACUUUUCAAGGUCCUGUGACCAUUGCGCGCAUCCUACCAUGAUUAGAUCUGUCUUCGUAUGCUUGAUUUUAACAGCAGCAGCUUUUUGGGCCGGAACACUCGUGAACGUGCGCGGAACACCAAUAUUGUCUAAAGUAGUACUAGAAAACAACCCCGAUACUCAUGAAUUCAACAACAUCGGCAUAACAGGCUACAGACUACUUGAUUUCUUUGAAAGAAAAGCUUUUGCAAAUUCGGCUUUAGAUAAUUCGGACAAUGUAAACGUGUCAAGGUAUUAUGACGAAUUCAUGCGGUAUUUAGCGGGGCACGUCACAGAAAGUCAAAAGGAGACAACUUGCUUCCCAGAAGGAUCGAUUAUCAGCAAACUUACCAGGGAUGUAAACGUCAUAACGAACGUACACUCUCAUAACGAUUACUGGCGGAAUUUGCCCAUGUUUGAAGCUUUAUGCUAUGGAAUUGCGAGUAUUGAGGCAGACGUAUGGCUCGUCAAUAAUAAUUCUGAGCUGGCAGUUGGGCACAAUAGAGCAUUCUUGAAUCCCCUUGAGAGAUCUUUGAACUCUCUGUACACUGGGCCUUUAUUGAAUAUGUUGAACGAAGUAAAUUGUCACCAGAAUGAAAGAGACCACAAAUACGGAGUAUUUUACAAUUCCCCAGAGACGACUCUUUACUUGUACAUCGAUUUCAAAUCUGAGGACAGUAAAAGUACCUACGAAUUGUUGAUAAACAAUUACCUCAAAGCUUUGAUUGAUAUGGGAUAUAUGACCUUUCUUGAUAUCGAAUCUCGAGAAAUCGUAUGGAAUCCGGUCACAAUUAUUCUUACUGGCGACUACCCGACAGAUGUUCGCGUACUGGACGGUAACAACGAUGAUGGGAUUUUCCAUACAGGCCAAAGAUUCGUUUUUGUCGAUGCACCAUUGCAUCAACUAAAAGACGAGCACGCGUCUUUGUCAAUAGUGGCAUCUGCCUCGUUAUCACAAUUGCUCGAGGACUGCACUUCAAGCGAAGUGACGUUAGAUGGCCUUUCACCGGAAGAACUGCAUUGUAUAAAGCCGUUUGUCGAAAAAGCUCACUCCAUGAAAUUAAAAACUCGCAUAUGGGGAGUUCCGACAUGGCCCAACAAGUUAAAGAUGCGACUAUGGGACCAGCAAGCGAACGAUCUUAUGAUCGACUUUCUUAAUACUGACGAUCUAUUCGAAGUGUCACAAGUUUUUUGA